AAUCAGGCAAUCCCCAAUGUCUGACACAUCGAUAUGCAAGCUUCUGUGGUCGUCUUUCUUCUGGCCUGGUUUGGAUUAGCGACCACAAACGAAGAAAGCGACGGAGAAGUACAUUUUACUAAUUCGUGGGCCGUUCAUAUCGAAAAUGACGACUUCGAGGCGGUGAACAAUAUCGCACAAAAGCACGGCUUUGUAAAUCAGGGACAGAUAGGGAGUCUUCCGGGAUACUACCAUUUCGUAAAACAUAAUGUUCGAGAGAGAUCGCGGCGGAGCCUGGAUGAUCACAGCGAUACCUUAUUAUCGGAGCCAAGAGUGAAAUGGGUGGAGCAGCAAAGAAUUCUGGAACGGAGCAAGCGUGACGUCAUACAGGGUGAAGACGAACUGGUACAGAGAUCGGUGGCUACACUCAGGCAGGAUACCGCUUUCACAAUCCGCGAUCCCUUCUUCAAGGAUCAAUGGUAUUUGCAAAAUAUCGGACAGUCUUCAGGACCCAGCGGGGUCGAUAUCAGUGUGUUACCAGUUUGGGCUCGUGGAUAUUCUGGAAAAGGAGUCGUGGUAUCACCAUGGCACAAAAUGUGCAGGUGAAGUUGCAGCUGAAGCUAAUAACGGAAUCUGUGGGGUAGGGGUGUCGUUCAACGCUAGUAUUGGAGGCAUUCGGAUGCUGGACGGUAGAGCUACAGACACAAUUGAAGGAAGCUCUCUAAGCUAUCGCUCAGAAUACAUCGACAUCUACAGCUGUUGUUGGGGGCCGAAAGAUGAUGGCAAGCGAUUUGGUAAACCUGGUCAUCUUGCAAGUAAAGCCCUCCAAAUUGGUACUCAACGGGGUCGCGGUGGCAAGGGCAGCAUUUUCGUGUGGGCGACUGGAAAUGGAGGUCUUACAGAUGACGACUGCAAUUGUGAUGGCUACACUACCAGUAUAUACACCAUAUCGAUUGGCGCCAUUAGUGACCAUGGACUUUCUACAUACUACACGGAGACUUGCGCGUCAACUCUAGCUGUCACAUUUUCUGGAGGAUCUCAUAGAGAAAGUGAUGAGAACAGAGUGGUCACCACUGAUUUGCACCAUAAGUGUACUAAGGUAUUCAAAGGAACUUCUUCCGCCGCGCCGCUGGCAGCAGGAAUGUUGGCUCUAGUAUUGGAAGCAAACCCCACGCUAACGUGGAGAGAUGUACAGCACGUGAUAGUAGAGUCCUCUCAGGUAACAAGUCCAUUGGAUGAAGGAUGGAAGACCAACGGUGCAGGAAAAAGAUACAAUCAUAAGUUUGGCUUCGGUAGAUUAGAUGUCAAUAAAAUGGUGGAGAAGGCGCUGAGGUGGAAAAAUGUCAACAGGCAGCGUAUCUGUCAUGGUGCUUCCCACAGUAAUAAAAGAUUCAUCCCAAACUCUGGUAGUCUGCUUCUAUCAGCAAACACGUCAUCGUGUUCAAGCACCCCCUCCGAGAUAAGACGACUAGAGCACGUGCAAAUAAACAUCACGUUACAUCACCGUCACCGAGGAGAUCUUAGUAUUACUUUAAUCUCUCCUUCCGGGACACGGAGUAAGAUGCUUACAACUCGGAGGAAUGAUCAUUCGGCGCUUGGACUCAAGAACUGGCUCUUCAUGACAGUCCAUUUCUGGGGUGAAGACCCCAGGGGACUGUGGACUGUGGUAAUCACUGACAAUGAUAACAAUAAUCGUGAACAUUACUUGAAGAAACACUCACGGGGAGAUGAGGAAGAUGUUACCAGGAUCUUCUUGGACGAAACUGGGAAACAUGGUGAAAUGCAAACUGAUGAUCAGAUGGACCAUGCCCAGGACCACAUUAUGAAAACGAUGGAAGAUACAGCCGGGAAAAUUUUCAGAGGAAAUAGAUUUACUGUGUCCUCUCGUGGGAAGAAAUUACAGCAUAUCCACGAUAAACCUUCUCUGAGAGUGAUUCACAAAAAGGUUUCGAAGAAAAAUCCAUUCAAUAAUGCAGCAAAACUUCAUCGUACGAAAGUGAAGGAGGGUAAAUUAGCUCAGUUUAAAAAGCAUUACCUGAAAUCCAAGGCAAAAGGCAAAGUUAAAACGGGUAAAGGAAAGCACCACUGGACAGGGAAAAACAGUGAUUCAGGCAUUGACGCUUUCAAAGGAAAACAUGUCGGAGGAGCAGCAAACAAGCACGCUAUGUUUAAGAAACUUCAUGCCAGAAAAAUGUUCAACGAAAACCAGGGAAAGCUUAAAAACACUUUGGUAAUAGAAGACGACAGGGAAAAAGGAAAAAAACCUGGUAAAGUUGUAAGCCAACGGUUAAAUGUGACUUUAAAUAUGGCCCUCAAGGCAGCAACGAAUCAGAGCACAUCUGUCGCUAGUAUAUUGGGCAAGUCUGAAAAUGCGACUAGAGCAUUUAGGCUUAUAUCACAAUUGAUAUCUGAAAUUCAGAAAAAUCCAUUGGUGUCAAAGAUUGCCGCGGAGGCGCUGAAAAAUCCUGACAUAGGAAAAUUAUUUGGCAUUGAGUCUUCCAAAGAUGUUCUCGAAAAUAUUCAGGAAACAAGCUCACCCAUGAACAGUAUUAAUCAGCAUAAAGACGAUUUUGAAAAUAAAACAAAAAGUGAUGUAAAAGAUUCAGAAAUGGAAACUCGUAUUGCUGAAAGAGCGAACGGAUCAGUCAUAGCAAGUGGAAACAAAACGUCAGACCAUUUUGAAACUGCCAAACAAGGAACUAUCAAUUCAAAUAAACACAAGCACAUUCAGUUCUUUAAAAUACUCAAAGAUAACCAAGAUCACAAAAGUGAUAUUACUGCAAGUGGAAUGGAUGGGAGUGGAGGUUUGGAAAGUGGAAAUUAUGUUGACGAACGUGGUUCCGGAGACUUGAACUUUGGAAAAAUUUUGAAAACUGGAAUUUCGGGAUGUAAAGGAUUAACAAACUGUAGUGGCACCAGCGAUGAGCAAGCGUCCCUUUCUGUUUCCAACAAAAUAACGGCGCAAGGUCGAGGAGAAAAUGAUGCGUAUGAGAUAUAUAGUGGCGACGAAGAUGACAGCCAGUACAGCGAAAGUACUGAUGAUGGAGGUGAAGUCUUAGAAAAUGACAAAAACCCAACUGUACUAGAGAAUGAUGACGAUAAUGACGAUCUUAUCCCAGAAUUUGGGUUUAAUCUCAACUCCAUUGACCGAGACACCUCAGAUUCUUGUAAUUUCUCGCUGGAUUCUAGCAACGCAUCAUUGGUGGUUCAAAAGGCACAUUGUCUAGAAAACAGCACAAUGGAAAAACGUGCCGACAUAAGAGAUGCAGAAGACAAAAACCUAGCUCAUUAUUUAGCAGUUGAUAAGCUUAAUUUAGCGUCUGGGGAGGACAGUGCAGACAACAUUGAUAGUCCAGAGGGUAGCCCUUUUAAAAGUAAACUAAAAAGUGAUCAAGAUAAUUCAGAUGUAAAAUACGACGGCAAGGAUUUGGAGGUUUUGCAAGAAGCGUUAGAAAAUCAGCUGUCUCGUUUAUCGAAGGAUCCAGCCUCUGAGAAGUCAAAUGCUGAAAUCCUCGCUCGUGUUCGGGAUGAUAUCAAACACGGCGACAUCGACGACUUAGAACUUUUAGAGGCACAAAUUACGGGCGGUAAAAAUGAGAUGUCUAGAGAUGUAAGGAGCAGAACACCACAGGAUAAUGACGAUGAUGAUAUAGAUGAUAAUGAUGAUGACAACAGAGGACAACGUGGAGGAUUUGAUGAAGAAGAUGAAGAAAUAGAACGGAGAAGGAUCUCACGUCAAGCAGAUAGUGAAAAAUUAUACAAAAGUUACUAUGUUGACCCGGAUAAAUAUGGCAAAGAUAAUUCCGGAAUAUUGGAGUCCUGGACUUUAAUAUUGUAUGGAACUAAAUGACAAUUUUUAUGACAGUUACCUUUGGUUAUUCACAGAUUAGAGGAAGAAAUUCAAUUGACUUUUUUUUCGAGCUCAUGAAAUUUAACUAAGGCUCGUUGGGCCUGCAUGACACAACUAAACAAUAUGUGUUCCCGUUUUGGGGGGCUUUGAUUGAAUCAAUUCACGGUUUUACAUACAUAUCCGAAUGAAGAAAUAAAGAUUCAUGUGUUUCUGGUGUAA